AAAACAUAAUCACAUAAAACACAAAUAAAAUGUCGGCAACAAAGCGUGUUAUUUUAAAGCGUGUACUCGUUGAAAACCAAACCAACUUUAACAAGAAACAUUUAUUUCUGUUGUCCUUUUUCAUCUUUAAUUCGAAGUCAGUCCCUUACUCCAUAAGCAUCAUCUCCAUAAAUAUCAUAUCCACACCUUCAUUAUUUCUAUUCAUACCUCACUUCUUUAACGGCCCUUAUUUCUAUAAAUAUCAUAUCAUGGAUAACGAAUCUCAGAUCAAGAAACAAAAGCUUGAAUCACCAACAACAAUGGAAUCUUCCGGCGAGAUUCUCGUACUCCCAUUUUUCGGCACCGGCCAUAUCAACCCAUCAAUGGAGCUCUGCAGAAACAUAUCUUCACAUAACUUCAAUGUCACACUCAUUAUUCCUACACAUCUUUCUUCAUCCAUCCCUUCAACUUUCUCCGAUCAGUCACCGUUUAUUCAUGUCGCCGAGAUCCCGUUCUCAACGCCGGAGACAGGAUCCGGCCCGCCUAGAGGGAACCCACUUGAGCAACAGAAUAAGCAGAUGGGUGAAGGGAUCAAGUCGUUUUUGUCAACUAGAUCCGAGACCCGACCCGUUUGUGCGGUGGUUGAUGUCAUGAUGAGCUCCUGCAAGGAGUUUUUUGUGAAUUACCAGAUUCCGGUGGUGUCGUUUUCUACCUCCGGUGCGGCUUUUUCGGCUAUGGCGUAUGGACGGUGGAAGGCGAAGAUCGGGGAUUUGAAACCCGGAGAGACCCGAGAGCUCCCCGGGUUGCCUAAAGAAAUGGCGACCUGUUAUGCAGAUUUAUUUAACGGUCCCCGAGGUAGACCUCAGAGACCCAACAGGCCGCCAGGUGGUCCCCUUAGUGACGGACCACCAGAUAUGAACCGGUUCGGAUCUAGGGGUGGUGGUCCGCCUGGUGAUAGUCACCAGGGUGGACCACCAGGAGGUAGGAGCCGGUUCGGAUCUAGAGGAGGUGGUCCGUCUGGGCCGGAUUCGAAGCCGCGUUGGGUGGAUGAGGUGGUCGGGUCGGUCGCCUUGCUUAUCAACACGUGUGAUAGGCUCGAUCGUUUGUUCAUCGAUUACAUCGGUGAACAAACGAAGCUCCCGGUUUGGGGGAUCGGGCCGUUGCUUCCGGAAAAGUUCUGGAAGUCGGCCGGGUCGAUCCUCCAUGACCACGAUAUGCGGUCAAACCGGAAAGCGAAUUAUACAGAAGAUGAGGUGUUUCAGUGGUUGGAAUCAAAACCAAAAGGAUCAGUGAUAUACAUCUCAUUUGGUAGUGAAGUUGGACCCUCAAUUGAAGGGUAUAAAGAGCUAGCAAAAGCAUUGGAAGAGUCAAACCAGGCUUUCAUAUGGGUGAUCCAACCGGGUUCGGGUAAAUCCGGGAUCCCCAAGUCCUUCUUAGGGCCGGUUCAAACCGACAGCGAAGAGGAAGAAGAAGAAGGGUACUAUCCUGAAGGUUUGGAUACCAUAGUUGGGGACAGAGGUUUGAUCAUCACUGGAUGGGCCCCACAGUUGUUGAUUCUGAGCCACCCGUCUACAGGCGGGUUCCUAUCACAUUGUGGGUGGAACUCGACUGUAGAGGCGAUCGGGCGAGGGGUCCCGAUCUUGGGGUGGCCGCUCAGGGGCGACCAGUUCGACAAUGCGAAACUGGUGGCGAACCAUCUUAAAAUCGGGUUUGUGAUUACGAGCGGUGUUGGUGAAGAUGGGAGGCCAAGAAAGAUUAACAAAGAUGAUAUUGCAAGUGGAGUUGAGAAAUUAAUGAGUAAUGAAGAGGUGCAUGAAGAAGCAAAGAAAUUAAGUAAGGAGUUUGAGAGUGGGUUUCCAGUGAGUUCAGUGAAUGCUUUGGGUGCUUUUGUGGAGUUUAUUAGCCAAAAAGCAAAUUGAUGAUUUGGUUCAUUAAUAGUAUUUGUGAUUUGUGUAAGCUUUUCUUGAAUCAUCUAUGAUUUUACCAUAACAGAUGAUGAUGUAUUUCAGUUUGUUAACUUAAAAAAAUAAAGAUAAAGGUAUUGUUUUUGGUUUA